UUCCUUUUCCCGCCGUUUCUUCAAAUCAGUUCCCCACCGAGACUCAAACGCUUAGAGAGAGAAAGAUGAAUGCUCCGACGAAGAAAAAGAUCCAACAAAAGUGCGAAAUCAGAGGCUAUAAUAUCAAACUCGAAGCCGUUGACGAGAUCCUCUCCUUCGUCACUCGUUUCGAACUCACCAAACAAGACGAAGCCAUCGAUCUCGUCCUCGAUCAGCUUGAGCAGGAAUCCAUCAAAUCUACAGUAAUCGAUGUGGAGCCAGUUCGACGAGUGGUGAACUUGCUAUUGGAAGCCGGCGCGGAGGAGGAAACCUUUGAAACGUUUGCUUCAUCUUCUUCUUCCGCUAUUGUCGUCAUUGAGGUGUUCGACGUGUUCUACCAGCAAGUUCUUUUUUCUUUCUUGGUGUUUUGUUUCUGUUAACGAAUAUUCCUGCAAUUGUUAUGUGAAUGUUCUUGAAUCCUACUUGAUUUAGAAAUUUAGGGCAAGUGUAAU